CAGCAAACACAAUCUGGUGUGACGCCGGAUCUCCGCGGACCCUGGGACAUCAUCUGGCAACCACGAUUUGUCAGCGAACACGCCGCAUCCGGACUUGAGACCAGGUAGACUCUAACCAGGUGCUACAGCGGCUCCCCACCGUGGUCUGAGCGCCAGCGGAAGCCAUGGCCGACACUGCCCACCUCCUGUUUCCCGUCAGCGUGGAGAGCUCGGAAAGCGCCGAGUUCGACUGCGUGGUGAUCGUCGGCACGGGCUUGGACGCCACGAACCUGCAGGGUGGCAUCCUCGACAAGUACCGCGAGCCCCUCGUCGCCUACAAGCAGGUAGACAAAAAUGCUGAAGACGAGGUGUUUGUUCUGAAUCUGCCGGAGAAGUUUAGCAUCAGACGCCUCGUCUAUUCGCCGACCGGACCGCUGAACCGAGACUUCGACGAUGUGCGUGCCUUCGCUGACGCUGCCUGCAAAGGUGUGAAAAGGGCCACGGCUGCGGGCAGCACCAAGCCUCUCGUGGUUCUUCCAGCCAAGUCCGGAAACUUCAACAGCUAUGACGUGGUCACGGUCCUCGGCACCCUGCACGGACUCUACGUGCCCUUGGAGAUCCGGGAGGAUGUUCCAAGCCGAAAACAAAAAGUUACUCGGCUAGGCUUCGCCAACUUCCCAGCGACGGUGCCGAACGGCGACAAGGCCUUCGCGCUUGCUUUGGCCAUCGAGCGAGCCAGGAUCGUGUGCCGGGACAUCGGCGGCAGCGACCCCGAGCGCAUGGCGGCGCCCCGUGUGGCCGAGUACGUGCAGCAAGUGUUCAAGAAUUCGCCGGUCAACGUGGAGGUGCUUGCUGACGACGGCCGCAUUCUGAAAGAGUACCCGCUGCUUGCCGCCGUCAACAGAGCAACAAAAGCCGUUUCAAGGCAUCAUUGCAGGAUGAUACACCUUACUUACACUCCCGAGGGGCCGAUCAAGAAAACCCUGUUCAUCGUGGGAAAGGGCGUGACGUACGACACCGGUGGCGCCGAUGUCAAAGCCGGUGGCCACAUGGCCGGCAUGCAUCGCGACAAGUGCGGCGCCGCAGCCGUGGCCGGCUUCUUCAAGGUGCUGAGCGAGCUUCGUCCCAAGGGCGUGAAAGUGUACGGUGCUAUGGCAAUGGUCCGAAACAGCAUCGGCUCAGAGUGUUACGUGUCUGACGAGAUCAUCACAUCACGCGCGGGGGUGCGCGUCAGGAUUGGAAACACCGACGCCGAAGGACGUAUGGCCAUGGCGGACGCUCUUUGCGAGUUCAAGGAAAAGGCACUGAAUGAAGUGAAUCCACGCAUAUUCACCAUCGCUACCCUGACGGGACACGCAUGCAUCGCCGUUGGAGACGGCUAUUCGAUCAUCAUGGAUAACGGCCCAGCCCGUUCGAACGCCGUGAGCACCACCGUGCAAGCUGCGGGUGACGAGAUCGGAGACAUGUUCGAGGUGUCCACGGUUCGUCGAGAGGACUUCAACUUCGUGCGUGGUCCGUCAGAGUACGAAGAUCUGAUUCAGUGUAACAACGAGCCGUCGUCGCGCACUCCGAGGGGUCACCAAAUGCCGGCCGCUUUCCUCAUCAAGGCAUCGGGUCUGGACAAGCACGGCCUGGAUUCCGAGCGACCGCUCUGCUACUCUCACAUCGACAUCGCCGCCAGCUCGGGACCGUUCCCAGGCGUGCCGACGGGCGCUCCCAUCGCGGCUCUCACUCAGGCUUAUCUUUUGGACUGAAUCUGCGGGACCUCCCUCGUCAUAGGCAACCGUGGGGAUGUAUUACAGGCCAGAUUAGUAUACACACAUGCCAGCCGGAGCAGGAAAUGAGAUUAUGUCUGUUUUAUGAUUCUCUCAGUGGCCAGUGAUUUUUAUAAAAAUGAUUUACAAGCGUGCAGAUAUACCCAUCGAAUGAAUUUACUCGAGGUUAUUUUAUCGGUUGGAGCUGCUUUUAAGCUUUAUUUGUGCCUGUACUGAUGAAAUAAAAUAAAUAUUGGAACAGCA